AUGUUUUCAUCUUUUAAAAAAAUACAAAAUAUUGGAUCAACCUCUAUUAGAUUUUAUUCAACUAUAAAAAAAGGUAGAUUAGAUGGUAAAGUAGCAUUAAUUACAGGUGCAGCAGAUGGUGUUGGAAGAGAAUCCUCAUUAUUAUUUGCAAAAGAAGGUGCUAAAGUUUUAUUAGUUGAUGUAAAUGAUAUUAAAGGUAAAGAAGUAGAAUCAUUAAUUAAAUCAUCAGGUGGCGAAGCAUCAUUUUUUAGAGCUGACGUUAGUAAAGCAUCCGAUGUUAAAGAAAUGAUAGAUGCUGUAGAAAAAACAUUUGGUAAAUUAAAUAUCCUUUUCAAUAAUGCUGGUAUUAUGAUCUCUGAAGAUGAUGACUCUGUAAAUACAACUGAAGAAGUUUGGGAUAAAACAAUGAAUGUUAAUUUAAAAGGUGUUUUUUUAGGCUGUAAAUUUGGUAUUCCUGCUUUAUUAAGAGCUGGUGGUGGUACUAUAAUCAAUACUGCAAGUUUUGUUGCAAUAAUGGGUGCUGCAACUCCACAAAUUGCAUACACUGCAAGUAAAGGUGGUGUUUUAGCAAUGACUAGAGAAUUAGCAAUUAUUCAUGCAAGACAAAAUAUUAGAGUAAAUGCACUUUGUCCAGGCCCAUUAAGAACUGAAUUAUUGGAUAAAUUCUUAAAUACCCCAGAAAAGAGAAAUCGUCGUUUAGUUCAUCUUCCAAUGGGUAGAUUUGGUUUGGCAAAUGAAAUCGCAAAUGGUGCUUUGUUCCUUGCAAGUGAUGAGUCAUCUUACGUAACAGCUUCAACAUUUUUAGUUGAUGGUGGUUUAACUGCAUCAUAUGUUACUCCACUUUAA